UCUCACGGCUACAAUCAACACCAAGUUUGAUGCUAGAAACAAACGCAUAUGCAUUUUUAUCUUCAUAAUUUUGACGCUAGUUCAUCAAAGUUUCAAAAAAACGCAUUUUUUCUUUUACCCUAUCAACUUGCUUUACAAACUUGUCCAAUUCUUAUCCCAACUCAUUACAAGUUUUCAACUUCUCUAUAUGUUCUAUACAAUACAAUAGUUACAAGGCAUUUGAAGUUUAUGAACACAGAAGUGAUAAAAUCCAAAGAAAAAAAAGAUUGCAGUUGAUUUAUAGCCAUGGCAAUCGCAAAGAACAUGAAAAUAUGUCACAGACCCUAGUCGUCUGGGUCCCUCCCUUUCUUUUCAAAUUUAACGCCUUCUCUGCACUCCAUCUUUUACUACCGCGCAGUGUCGCUGCCGCUUGCAUUUCUUGGCUUGUUGUCUCACUCCCUUAGAUCUUCUUCCUCUCUUGAUCUCAGCCACUUGAAAACACUGUUAGCUUGGACUAGCCUGGUCAGUUGAGUAUUUUCUUCACACUGUGUUCUACCAAAACCCUACAUUUCGUGUUUCCUCUGUUAUCAUGAAGCUCGUUAGGUUUUUAAUGAAACUCAAUAAUGAGACUGUCUCAAUCGAGCUUAAAAAUGGAACUGUGGUCCAUGGCACCAUCACAGGUGUGGAUAUUAGCAUGAAUACACAUUUGAAGGCUGUGAAACUUACCCUAAAGGGGAAAAAUCCCAUUACCAUGGAUCAUUUAAGUGUGAGGGGUAACAGCAUCAGAUAUUAUAUUCUCCCUGACAGCUUGAAUCUCGAGACUUUACUUGUUGAAGAGACAACCAGGGUCAAGCCCAAGAAACCAACUGCAGGGAAGCCUUUGGGGCGGGGGCGUGGACGGGGGCGGGGGCGUGGUCGGGGGCGGGGGCGCUAGACUAGCUGCAGCUUCAAUUUUUGUGCCAUGUAGUCUUGCCAUGUAUUUCUGGAAGUUCAUAAAAUUAGUGAAGUGGAGAAUGACAAUUCACUGUUUUUUUUAAUGAUUGAUGAAGCUUUGCUGUGUA